GGGUGGCCACAAAUUGGUCUCUAUUUCCUUCCCUCCCUCCCUGCCUCCCUACACAUCUUAAGCCAACCCGACGAAUUUGAUUGCGAUCGAUCGAUCAAUGACGGUGUCGACCUGGGCUGCCGUCGUCCUCCUCUCAUCUCUCACCGUCGCUCUCUCGCAUGAAGAAGGAGGUGGGCCCAGCUUCGGGUACACGCCGGGGACCCCCGACGGGCCGGAGAACUGGGGCAAGCUGAGCCCGGCGUACAAGGCGUGCAACGAGGGCAAGGCGCAGUCCCCCAUCGACAUCGUCACCGCCAGUGCCAUCCCCAACCCUAACCUCGACACCCUCUCCCGCGUCUAUGUCCCCUGCAAUGCCACCCUCCACAACAACGGCAAGGACAUCGUCAUGACCUUCGAGCGCGACGGCGAGCCCGUCAUGCCGGGCUCCAUCAACAUCACCACCGCCGACGGCACGGUCAAGGUGUUCAGGUUCAAGAUGGUCCACUGGCACGUGCCGGCGGAGCACAGCAUCAACGGCAAGCGCUUCCCGCUAGAGCUCCACCUGGUGCACGCCGACGACCACGGCGACAAGGCCGUCGUCGGCAUCCUCUACAAGAUCGGCAAGCCGGACCCUUUCUACGACCAGCUGACGGAGAAGCUGCGGGAGCUCAAGGAGACGCCCACGGUGGCGGCCGGCAUGGUGGAGCUCAAGUCGCUGCAGAAGCGAACGGGGAGCUACUUCCGGUACAUGGGGUCGCUGACGACGCCGCCGUGCACAGAGAACGUGGUGUGGAACAUCCUAGGCAAGGGCAGGGAGAUGAGCCAGGAGCAGUUCGAGCUCAUCACGGCGCCGCUGCCUCACCAAGACAAUCGCCCGCCGCAGCCGCUCAAUGGCCGCAUCGUCGCCUUCUACAACCCGCCAAACAGCACCAUCUCCCACUACACUUACAUGUAGAUCAAUCAUCAUCAUCUUCUUCUUCUUCUUCUUCUUCUUCUUCUUCUUCUUCUUCUUCUUCUUCUUCUUCUUCUACCACCCGCCAAACAACGCCACACAUACACGUAGAUCCAUCUACUCUAUUUAAUUAUCACUCCAUUCUUCUUCUUGGAUUCUUUUUUAAUGCAUAAGUCAU